CCUUCAGGGAAGCGGAACCAAAGUGCAGAACCCGGACGUUUCUACUGUCCACACUUCCUGUUGUGUUUUUCUGCUUUUCAAACCAGGAAGAUGGAUUUUCUGUCGAACAGAUGGAUUAAUAAUUUGAUAGUUUGUUGGUUUUUCAUCGGUGUCAGCUGUAACUCAGUGGAAAAGAAGAUUUAUGUGCACCUCAAUUAUACUGUUCCAUGUGUGCGACUGCUCAAUGCAACACAUCAAAUAGGCUGCCAGUCCUCUUUGUCAGGCAAUGUGGGUGUGCUCCAUGUGCUUGAGUCAGAGGGCGACCUGGACUGGGUCCUGCGCUCUGGUCCCAACCCCCCUUAUAUGGUUAUCCUGGAGCCCCCGCUCUUUAACAGAUCCAUCAUGAUGAAGUUGAAGAACAGCUCCGGCAGAGUGGCAGGUGUUGCUGCUGUGGCGAUAAACACAAACCCACCUCCAGACUUUUCUCCGCAUAAUACCUGUCCCAACGAGAACACAGGUGUUUAUUCAGAGAACUAUGAUCCAGCCCUGGCCCAUUGUAAUAAGACAGUGUGGAACCCUCUGGGAAACGGUUUAUCCUAUGAGGAGUAUGACUUCCCCAUCUUCUCUCUGAAUGACGACAAUGACACUCAGGUCAUACGACAGUGCUACUGGGAUCAUAACCGUGCUGUGAACGGCAGUACUCCUCAGUACCCGCUGUGCGCCAUGCAGCUCUACUCCCACAUGUCUGCCGUCACUGACACAGCCACCUGUAUGAGGAGAAAUGACAUCAACUUCAGCAUCAGCCCAGAGGUGGUGUGCGACCCACUGGGUGACUUUAAUGUUUGGGCCUCAUCCAAACCUCUCAACAACACAGCCAAGGGCCACAAGAUGGGGGAGAGUGUGGUCAUCGCAGCAGCCAGGCUGGACAGCAGGUCCUUUUUCUUUGACAUUGCUCCAGGAGCAGAAAGUGCAGUCUCUGGGUUUGUCACCUUGCUGGCGGCUGUUCACGCUCUGCAUAACGCCACCCAGGAGGCCCCGCCUAACCGCACCAUCCUCUACACAUUCUUCCAAGGGGAAACCUUUGACUACAUCGGCAGCUCGAGGAUGGUGUAUGACAUGGAGAACAAACAGUUUCCAGUGGAUCUGGACAAUGUUCACUCAGUACUAGAAAUCGGGCAGGUGGGAUUUGCUGCUGGCUCCGGGCUGUGGCUUCACUCUGAUCCCGUGUCUCGGAGGAACAGCAGCGUCAAUGACACGGUUAAGGAUCUUAUCAGCAACUUGCGCUCGGCUGCCGCAGAUUUAAAUGUCUCAGUGGACGAGCCCAGAGUUUCUCAGCCACUCCCGCCCUCGUCUUUCCAGCGUUUCCUGCGAGCUCGGCCAAUCCCCGGUGUUGUUAUCGAGGAUCAUCAGUCUCAGUUCACCAAUAGCUUCUAUGAGAGCAUGUAUGAUAACGCAGAGUACCUGAACAUCUCGUACUCACCAGACCUGACGCCAGAGAAGCAGCUAGAAACUGUCACUGACACUGCCAAGGCUCUGACCGAUGUGGCGACCAUGGUGGCGCAGGCUCUCUACAAACAGGCCGGAGGAGCAGAAAGCCAGCUGAGCAGCAUUAAGGCAGAUGCUCUAAUAGUGACCCAAAUGCUGUACGGGUUCCUUGUUAAGUCCAAUAACUCCUGGUUCCAGCAGCUCGUCUCAUCGGAGCUCAUGGGUCACCUGAAUGACAGGCCCCCAAACCUCUAUGUGGGUGUGACACAGCAGUCCAGCGUACCAACUCUUCUAGUCCAGCACCUGCUGGCCAACCUGACGGGCAGCGCCAUCAACAUCACCCAGGACGACUGCCAGAACCAGAGAGAGGAUAAGGACGACAAAGAGAACAAACAUAUGUACUCCUAUCUGUGGGUUCAGGGUGUGGCGCCUCCCAAUAAUACAACGAGGGAGGGUUUCUGCGUCCGCUCCACUGUCCGUCUCUCCAAAGCGCUGUCCCCAGCCUUUGACCUGCAGCAGUACACCUCCCAAGAUUACUCUACAUGGACAGAGUCCAGGUGGAAGACCAUCAAAGGACGCAUAUUCCUGGUGGCCAGUCAUGAACUGGAGAUGUUUACGCUGGGUGUGGGGGUCAGCAUUCUGCUGAUGUCCCUCCUGUUGACGUACAUCAUCAGCUUGAAGGCCGACAUCCUCUUCAGCUCAGGGAGGGAGCCCACCAACGCCACCUACUGAUCCGCAUUGGGGCAGCGCAGGCCCACGACCACUACUACUGCUACUACUACUACUACGACAACUACUACUUGUAUCCCAACCAGACAUGAACAGGGCUUUUCUUUUCUUCCAUGAAUAGGUACACAGACAGGCUAGCAGCGGUUUCUGAGAUGACGACUCCACGUUUAUGGACUCACUCAGGUGAGCUGUGACGUGAGGACUGGACUGGCCUGGAUGGAUCUGGACUCAUCAGGGUCAGAAAAUUCUGGUUCAGUGCCAGCGGGCCCUGCCGGUGGAAAAGAUGUUUAUAUUUCUUUUGUUUUAGGGUCUUUUCCCUCUUUAUUGUCAAAGAAUGUUUUGUUUACUGUGUCGUGAUAGGCACUAAACAUUGAGCAUUUGUGUGUGUGCGUGUGUGCGUGUGUGCGUGUGUGUGUGUGUGUGUGAUGGUGCAUAUGUAAAUGUGACUGUGUACAGUCAACUGCCCCAUUCAGUGUUUACGAAUGAAUGUGUGAGUGAGGGUUGCAAUGGUAUGUGCAAUAUUGUAGCUGUCUUCUCUGUCAUGUAGUUAUCAGUGCUAGCGUUAAGAAACCACUUUGUCAGUGAACAAGUACAAAAUUUAAAUUCAAGGUUUUGCAAAAGUUGGAAAUGUGUGAUGAAGUAUUUUCAGAAGUUCGUGGUCCUGGGAAGUUGAUGAGAACCCAGAGAAAUUUUAAAAACUAUUCAAGAAUAUUUAUAUUCCCUUGCAGCUCAAACAUAGUCACACUUGUGUCUAGUUGUUGAUUUCACACAUUGUGAUCUUUGCGUGGAGAAAAAUAAUUUCCUGAACUUUUAAAAGUCCUGCACGGCUGAUAUUAAUGAUCAAUCAGCUGCCAAAUUCUUUAAAUCCAGUCAGAAUCUAAUGUUUAGACUGAAAAUGUGCUCGGCCUCUGGCUCUGCGCUCUUUUUGGUUCAUACCUUUUUCACCUUCAUUUUGUUUGGUGAAAAAUUCUGAAAAGAGAUUUUAAUUUUGUCGAUAGGUGUUUAUUUAAUGGCUGAAACCAGUGAGAAAUUGUGAUGCCUUGACGGAGAAAUAAACGUGGCUUCUUUUCCAGGGCGUCUUUUGUAGCUGUUUGAGUGGAAUUCAAAAACGGAGGCCAGUGUGCGAAAUGCUAUUGUUAUGAAUGAAACGCUUAUGAACUGGGACAGCGGUACUUCAUAAAAACUCAUUUUUUAAACUUAAGACAAUUUAGACAAUCCUUGUUUGAAAAGGAGUGGUUUAUAUUUUCUCUGUCGACUUUAUUAUUAAAUACCCAUCUCAAUCAAACAAUUUGAACAGAUUCAACCUAAAUAAAUAAAUAGAAAUCACAACAAACUAAUGAUUACCAACAUUUAAACUAUCCAAAAGCAAAUCAGUCAGAUUUGAGCAAACAAAAAAGGGGUCACAGCUUCAUCUCAUGUUUAUUCAUUUAUGAACAUAAAGGUGUUGCUUUGUAGGCAUUUGUUUUUUUUUCCUCUUGGCACUUAUUUACAAUAUGUUCCUUGAUGAUAACUGAGACCAACAAAUUUAAGAGAAUCACAUUAAAAAGUUUAAA